AUGGCUCCCGCCUGGGUUGCAGUAGCUGGUGAAUCUGUGGGAUUUGUUGGAGGUGUCGGCGCCGGCGCCGAUGUCGGUGCUUCAGGAGCUGGCAAAGCUACUGGCUCUUCUUCUUGGGUAGCCAUUGCUACGCGAGAUCAAGUAGUCAUAGCUGGAAUUGUGGCCUCCGGAGCACAUGAGAGGAUCGUCCACGGGUCCCUGUGCCCAAAAUUGGGCGCACGCUCAAAACAAAGCCGCGCCCAAAAGUCCCCCCAUUUCUCUCUCUCUCUGACUCCGUUCCCUAACCCCUUCUCUCAUCUUCCUCCCUCUCUCACUCCAUUCCCUAACCACAGGGAUGAUCCUGUUUGUGUUACUGCUCGAGGUGAUGGCGAUAUUCUUAUUACAGAUCUAUGGGUUGAAGAUAGUCUAGAUCUUCAAAGACUUGCAGAUGCUAGCCGUGGUGAUUGGAAUGGUGCUGGUGCUCACACAAAUGAUAGCACCAAGUCGAUGAGAGAUGAUGGAGGAAUUAAUGUGAUCAAGAAAGCCAUCGAGAAGCUGGGCCUGCAACACAAGGAACACAUUUCUGCAUAUGGAGAGGGCAAUGAAAGAAGAUUGACGGGUCAUCAUGAAACUGCAAAUAUCCUCACAUUUUCUUGGGUAAGGAAAAUAAGUGGGUUUAUUUAUUUAUUUAUUUUAUUUUUAACUUAUGUUGAUGGUCAAAUAUUGCAUACCAGACCUCAGUUAUUGCCUGUAUUUACGAACAUGGUAAAGAUAUUGGCUGGAGAGGCGUUUGGUUCAAAAUAA